CAACGCAUGUGGACGUGUCGCGUUGCGGAAUUUACGCGAUCUCGAGCUCUUGAUAAAAUCGAAACGUCUAUUAUAAUUGAAUGUGGUUUGAUAAUUACGCGCCAAUGAUCAAAGCUGGAAUUUGGUUGAAUGUAAAACAUAAUUUUAUAUUUUCCCAAUGAGAUAUCGUUCGCUUUUAUGUUGUGACGGAUGAUGGAACAGUAUUUAACGGUCUCGAAAUUUGAUUGAAUUGUUGGAACUGCUUAUUGUUAUAUGAUUUAAAAUCGUGUGUUCUUUUGUUAAGUGAUUAAGUAGCGAUUAGCGAUUGUUAUGGUUGUGGUAUGUAUGCCAGUGCUAGUGAAUACAAAGGUAAAGAAAUGGUGGUGAGAUAGAAACGUAUAUAAAAAACAAGUGUUUGUGUGUGUGUGUGGCGUGAUGUGUGAGGACAUGAUGUGAGAUAUGUGCUCCGUAAAGUGGAUCAGACUGCUAGUGAUGCUGGCGGCUUGCUGGGCGCAGGAGGGCGAGUGGAGCGAAGAUGCUGAGGACUUAGUGUCAACGGUGGACGUUGACGCAGUGUUGGGUCGGACAGCGUCCUUGCCGUGUGACGUCACACCAGAUGCUAACGAAGACCGAGUGUACAUGGUGCUCUGGUUCAGAGCCGGGAAGAGCACUGGCGGGAAACCUAUAUACAGUUUCGACGUCCGCGGGCGCUCCUUCAACAAGGCGCUGCAGUGGUCUGACCCGAAUGUGUUCGGGCCGCGCGCGUACUUCGCGACAGUGGCCCGUCCUGCCACGCUCACCCUUGACACCGUUCAGCUCGACGACGAGGGCGUGUAUCGCUGUCGAGUCGACUUCAAGAACUCACCCACACGAAAUUUUCAGAUACGGCUCUCUGUUAUUGUGCCGCCACAUCAGCUGAUCCUGUACGACAAAUCAGGGCGCGACGUGUCGGGAGUCGUCGGCCCUCUGGAGGAGGGAAACGAACUCGUCCUCGUCUGCGAAGUCAGAGGAGGACGUCCAGCCCCGACAGUGAUAUGGCUUAUCGAUGGCGUCCCAGCUCCUCAAUACAUAGGCGAGAAGACGGAUACACAUGUAGUAGUAAACAAGCUAGAUAUACCCCACGUCAAACGAAGUCAUCUCAACACCACCUUCAAGUGCCGAGCGUCCAACACCAACCUCGUCAGUCCGCAAGAGAAGACUGUCAGAUUGGAAAUGAAUUUGAAACCGACGCUCGUACAGAUACAGAGUAAACCCGCGACGUUAUCGUCAGAACGCUACGUCAGCUUAUCGUGUGUGUCGGAGGGGAGCCGCCCGCCCGCCCAGCUGACCUGGUUCAAGGACAAUAGGAAAUUUAAAAGGGGAAAAAUAAUGGACGCGUUGAACGACACGUGGGUAAGCAGUACACUCCAGUUCAUGCCUCUACCAGAAGACGACGGCGUCCAAAUCAAAUGCCAAGCUGACAACAAUGCGUUGCCAGGACAGAGUAUAGAAGACUCUUUCAAAUUGGAUGUUGUGUAUCCACCAGUGGUAUCAUUGUCUCUCGGUAGCACAUUAAACCCUCAUGACAUCAAAGAAGGGGAUGACGUCUACUUCGAAUGCUCAGUUAGAGCUAACCCUAAAGAGCACCGGAUUUCAUGGUAUCACAAUGAUAAAGCAGUGCUGCACAACGUGGUGUCUGGCGUUAUAGUCAGCACCAAGUCGCUGGUGCUGCAGAAGGUGACGCGCGACCACAGCGGCGACUACUCGUGUCGCGCGACCAACUCGCUUGGCGAGACCGCCAGUCAGGCGACACAUCUCAGGAUACAAUACGCACCAGUAUGUACCCACACAUCACCACAAGUACUAGGAGCACAGUUGGACGAGGUCUUACACGUUCGGUGCUCAGUCACAGCGAAUCCGCCUGACGUCACUUUCUUCUGGCAGUUCAACAACAGUGGCGAGAGCCUGGACGUCUCACCAGCAAAAUUCGGUACAGCCAACGGCAGUACAAGCGAGUUAAGUUACAAGCCGCAAAGCGAACGCGACUACGGCGCGCUGAGCUGUCGGGGCACCAACACCGUCGGCAGACAGCUUGAGCCCUGUGUCUUCCAGAUCGUUCCCGCGUCACGCCCCGCUCCACCCCGCAACUGCUCGCUCCAUGCUGGCACCAACAACACGGAAGGUGUCAGCUGGCUCAUCGUACGCUGUGUAGCUGGCUACGAUGGGGGACUGCCUCAGACCUUCGUCCUGGAAACCCUGGACCCUGUCACCGGCAAGACGAAGUUCAAUAGCAGUGUCAAUGAGACAGAUGGCCUGGCAACCUUCAAGUUGGACCUCGCUCAGCUGUCAGCGGGCAGCGUCGAGGGGGCCACAUUUAAUCUGCUCAUCUAUGCACGGAACCUCAAGGGAGAGUCUGAGAAAACCUUACUCGAGAACAUUGCUUUCAACGACGCUGCUCGGAGGACGGAUGGCAAAACCUCAAUGGGCGGAAUCACACUAGGCGUGUUAGUGGCCGUGGCUUUAGGCGCAACACUUGCUUUAGGCGGGAUAGCCUUCGCAGCACUAUGCGCCAGAAGAAAAAGAUCGCUUCCGAACCACAAGCAUCCACCGGGAGAUAUGCUGGAGCUAAGCGAUGGCUGCAGACGAUACGUGGUCGCGUAUACGAUCAAACCAUCGCCGGAGUCCAAGACACCAGACCCACAGCCAGACAUAUUAAAUGCACCAGAUGGGGAAAAUCAAAAAUUACCGCCCACGACAAGCGAAGCGGACGAGUGGCCUAGCAUAAAGGAGUUAAGAGGCGAUUGGAGUAAAACUGGAGCUGUUUUUUCAGCGGAAGAUCUUGCUCUCCUAGACUCCACAGGACGUCUGCAACAGCUAACCCCAGGCAGUGACAUGGUGCCAAGCAGUAGACAAGAGGACGUUAUCAACCAAAACUUAACGAACAACUUUCGGCCGAACUUCGUAGUAACUAAUAGUCCAACUUUAGGAAGUCCAAACUUCGUCUGUCCCAAUGGCAACGUGGGAUCGCCAUUCGGAAGUCAAACCCUUGCUCUUAGUGGACCAACUUUGAGUUCGAACAGCUUGGCAACUUCCACUUUGCAUAGAAAAGGGAAAGGAAACGUGAGGAGAAGGGAGCAUGUAUUGGCUGAAAACUUGCCCGGCCCUGAAAGCUGCGUGUAAACUUCUGCGUGAAUAUUCUCUAAAUACUAACGUUGUUUUCAAAGCUGAUUCACCGACGAAAUAAAUAGCAACAGUUCCAGAUAAGGUCAAAAUGCAUUUUAUGACGUCAUAAUGUUUAGGAUUUUAGGAACUGUUAAAAAUAUGUCAUAAUUAGACCGUUUAGCUUGUCGGAUUGACAGACGUCAAUACAGGCGAUUGGAUAAGAAUUUAGAGAAAUAGCCAUGAUCAAACUAUUUCUGACUGAUGUCAAAUAUUUCGCCGUUGAACUCAACGACGAAGACGACGUUUUAGAGAAAUUCACCGAUAACAUAAUGUUGUAGUUUGUAAGAUUAAGACUUUUUUAAAGUGUUAUAUACUGUAGAACUUUGCCUAUAAAACACUUUAAAAUAAAUCAUUAGCAGGGUUCCUAUUCAGUGAGGCAGCCUCGCCAGGUUUUACUUUGUCCGGCAGGGCGGUUAGUGUAGAAAGCCAGUGCGCUGCCUCGUCCUCGGUCGGAUAAAGCAAUGCUAGCCCUAAUAAGAACCCAGCUUUUUCACAAUUUUUUACUAGCCAAUCACUGAAAUUGACAUAUACAAGUACGCUGGAAAAGGUGUGCAAUAAAGAAUGACAGUUAUUUUUGUUCCGAUUCGAAGCGCCCCACCGAGCGUACCAGAAAUUAAAAUUGACACUAAUUUAUGUCAAAUAGUGUUCAUGUCAUGACAGAUAUCUCAUCACUGACGUUUAGUUAAGUUUAGUUUAGUCAAGUACAGUCCAAUGACGCUCACUGCUGCUAUCAGCGCCAAAAUAGCGAAAAUCAACUUGCUUUAAAAACAGGUUGUCGGUCGCAAGUCCAGCGUACUCGUAUUAGUAGAGGUCAGUGUAUCCAAUAGACAAAAACUGAGACUUAGUUUAUACCUUUUUAAAAUUUGUAUGCAAAAGGAAAUUGCUGGAACCACGCAAAGAGUUAUGUAAAGUAUAAAAUAAAAAUACCUCUGAAUUAAGAACUAGUUUAAAAUACCUAAAAUGAAACCUUCAUAAUAUUUUGUUAAUUUUUAGUUGUUUUAUUGACAAAUUAUUUUUUACUCUAAAUUAACUUUCUAAGUAAACAGGUCCUUUAGAAUCAGCGUUCUUAACUUCUCGCUUGGGUACAACUCAGAUACUAGAAUAUCAGAAUGACCUUUUCGCUGAAAGAUUAUCAUUCAUGUUGGAUGUUAAAAUGGUUAGCACUCACGAUAGUUUAUAGCUCGUUCACAAAGGCUGCGUAAGCGUUGCGUAAGCCUAGAAGUAGCGCGUGCCAUUGCGUAGUAAUGUAUGGAACUGUAUGAAACAUGGCACACCGCUUGCGUAAAGCGUGGACGUAUGCGUAACCCGGUGUGUUAGGGGUUUACGCGCGUCACUACGCACGUGUCACGUGUACGCAACUGGAGUGAAUCGGCGUUAAGUUUAAACGCUAAAACUAUGACAAUACUUACUUUCCUAGUUAAAUACAAAUUCUCGUGACUGGGUACAUGAUUAUCCAAAAACAUAAUUAAAUUGUUAUAAUUUAAGUUGAUUAUAAUGCACUCGUUAUUGAAGAAAAAAUAUAUUAAUAAUUUUGAAUGAAACUGAAUAUAUGGUCUACUAGACUACAGAUUUAUUAUCUGGAGAAAGGUUUUGUGAAUGAACAUUCAUAUUUCUAGUAUAAUAAUAAUAAUGUCAGUUUAGAACCUAAGCUAAAGACAAUUCCGUUUUUAAAUUGUCAUGUACUCAGUUUUAAUUUCAAUUGUGUACGAAUAUUUAUUUGCUCAAAGAAAUUUUUCAUUAAUGUUGUAGAUGUAAGUAAUGAUUACAAAAUACUACCUAUUUUCAAGACUGUAUAAAAUUUGUAUAUAGUGUUAAGAUUAACUAUGCAUUAGAUGUACCUACUGUAAAAUUAUGGCUAAGAACUUUUUACUGUUACUUACAGCUUGUAGAUUUUAAUACUUUAUUUGUUAAAUAAUAUAUACGAGUACUUAUAUAAUAUCAUAUUUUAUUAGUUGUGUGGAUGUAUGUAUAUAUAUAAUAUGCGUAUGCAAUACAUAUAAUAUUUUUAAAAACAUGAUUAUUAGUACGUUUUAGACUCAUAAUAAAGUUUUCGUCAAAAAUAAAAAUAGAUAUAUAAUUUUUGUUGUCACAAAAUUUUGCUUGAAUUUGAAAUAAUAUAUUAAACUGUUUUUGGUUUUCCUCUACAACAUUUAUAAAAUAUUUAUUAUUCAUAGUUUAUAUUUAUUAUUUGUAGUUUUAGAAUAGAAUAACAAAUAAACAAUCUUGUACGGAAUGAAGUAACUCUGGAUUCAAAGUGAAAUUGAUAAAUAAAUUUUA